UUUACGCUGGGAGGAGGGUCGUGCCAGUUGUAGCGCGUAGCUAGCCACAAAAGGGACGAAGUGCUGGCUGGUUAGCCAGCGAUUAUUGUUUUUUACUUUACGCUCGGUGUCGCUUGUCGUGGUUUUAAAGUAUGAACAAAGAUGAUUUUACAACAGGGCGAGGGAGGAGACCAGCGGUUCCCGAUAAAGUCGACAUGUCAUUAGAUGACAUCAUUCGGUUGAACAAAAAAGAGCAACAGUUAAAAAGGAGACAGGCCACUGUGAACCGCCGACCUGUCAAGAAGAAGGGCCGUUUAACGCAAGGAAAGGGAGUUUCGUCAAGGGCUGCUGGAGCAGUCCAGAGAGGAGGUGGCGUGGCCCGAGGAGGAACGCCUAAAUUAAGAAACAGAAGGGUCCCUCCACCACCAGGUCGACGACGGGGUCAAGGGGUCAUCACAGGCCUGGCAGCCAGGAGGCCAGCUGCCCUGCUGAAGCGAGUCGGCACGUUUAACAGAACACCAGUCAACCAGAAAAUAAGACAGAAAACAAAGCCCUUCAUUCAACGCCCUGAAGCCCAAUACAGGAAGCCAGAGGUACAGAGGCGGCCAUACAGGCAGCCCGAUGCACAGAGAGGCCAGAAUGCAGCAUCAGUCAGGAGACCAUUUCAGCUGCAGCGGCGACCACUGCCGCCCGUCCAUCAGACUCAGAGGGAAGCACGCCAGGCCACAUUUCUCUUUCGCAGAGGACUCAAGGUACAGGCCCAGGUGCAGAAAGCAAACCCUCGCACUCCUUCAGUCAGAACACGCCAGUGGCGCACAUCAACCACCAGCAGUGGUAUCUUGACUGUUUCAAUUGACAACCCCACAGCCAGGACUCAGCCCGAGCCUCCUACUGCUUGGACCCUGCAUCCCCCAGCUGCCACCUCUGCUCCUGUCAAGGUGGAACUGGUGGAGAAGAAAAUACCAAAGGGAGUUCCUCUUCAAUUUGACAUCAACAGUGUUGGGAAACCGCAAACAUCGAUGACCUUGAAUGAGCGAUUCCGAAUCCUAAAAGACAAGCGCACCGCCACAGCACAAAACACUAAAGGCAGCCGAUUUGUUACCGUGGUUUAGCCAGCAAAAAGAGGGUGACCAGGAACAAUCAGCAGCCCUUUUUAUCCUGCUCAGACCCGCACAGUGAAGCCCACCUUUCUGACGGAUGGGACGUGCUGACGCACUGAAUGACUUCGCUAAGAGGACGGAGGGCAACCACGGGACAAAUGAGUGCAACACACACAACGGCUCAACUGAGAGGGUACUAGUGUGAAAGGAAGAGAGUUUAAAAUAAGUCUCCAUUCAUUGUCCAUAUCAUUGUCCUCCACUGUUGCUCUGUACUGGGAAGGAAAGAGCUUUUUACCUUCUCUGGACUUAAAACUGUUGACACUAUUUUGAAGACCGUUUUGAAGUAUUUCUUUACAGAGAGGACUGCUAUGUAUUUGUUAGGAUGGCAUGUAUGUUCACAAUACCCUUUUUUGACAUUUUUGAGAAUUGUUUUGUAACGUUUCUUGAAAUAAACAAGUUUCUCUUUAAAUAAUCGGUAUAGCCUCAGAUCAGUUUGGAGCACAGUGACUGAAACUCCUGUCUUGUGAUCAAACAGUGCCAUCUGGCUGUGAAUCAGAAACCAGUCAGCUCCUGUUCCUGUUUUUGUGUGAAGAAUUUCAUGUGUCCAAAUGUUGCUUCUACAUUCUUUGCAUCUGUAACACUGUAUCCUGCUGUGGGUGUCAGGUUUAUGAAUGUACAAAGAGGAUCCAUUUCAGUGCUGUGUCAAGAGCAAUUUGAGCCUCCAGAAGUUGGCACAUAUUUCAGGUAGUUUUGCAGUGAACAGUAAAAGGUUUCAGAUGUCAGAACUAGAAGAUAUUUUUAAUUUCUUGUAUUAAUAUUAACCUGUUUUCUGUAACUUUGUAACAAAAAAAACGUUCAUAUUUUGGAAUCUGAAUAUUGCUUUUAUUUAAAUACAUUAAAAUUUGCAAUGUAACAAAACUAUUGGCAUAUGAAAUUCAAACACCAUUUAAAUGGACAAAACAUGGCUCACUUCAUUUUUCUGUGACUAGUGUCAGUAACACUAGGUUAUUUUUCUCUCUGCCAACUGCUCUGCAUCAUUUUUCCCCAUUUACACUGUUCACAGACUAUCUUACAAUAAGAGUGCUGAAUAAAAAUGAGGUAAGAAAGUGGUUUGAAGAUUACAGAUCAUGCAGUACAUGCCGAACAGCAACAAAAUAUUUUGUGA